UCCGCCCUAAUAAUGAAUCAAAGACGUCCUGCAAGAUUGACCUGCGUUACUCUCGAUCCCGGUCCUCCGUUGGAUAAUGAAGGAAUCAGGCUACUGCACGGAGAUCGCAGAAUUCCAAUCAAGCAACCGAGCGAGCAAUUUCUGCGAAGCCCGAGUCCAUCAUUGCGUUGUUUUGAAAACGUGGAUGAAGACAACCAAGAGAGAGCGUUUUUGACUCGUGUUACCGUCUUAAGCAGACCGCAGUCUGCUCCAGUAAAGUUAGGCUGUGACGCUUGUGCUAAAAAAUUAUACCUCCAACAGCAAGAUUGUGAGUUGACUUCACUACGACUCUCCUAUAACUCAAGAAGACUAAACAAAAGAGAAUCUCCUCCAGCUCAUUCAAAGCAAGCUUUUCUCACUGGAGCUAUGUAUAACAGCAGGAAGUGGUUAGAUGCAGAUUGUAUGGACAAGCUAUGGCCACCCCAGAAACAUGUGACCAGAGACAAGCACAAGAAACUCCAACUACCAAGUCUAGAACACAGUGCAGAGCACCUCUCCACAAACACACAAACACCUAAUCAAACUUUGUCGGAAAAUCAGCACAGCAAUGUAUCAUAUCUCUACGGUAAAAGACAACCGAAAUGCUUUGUAAAAGGCUCAAAAGUAGCCUUAACAGCAAGACCUCCAAGUGCUACAUUUUCUCAUCCAACCCAAUCGGAUCCUCAACAUACAGUAACACUAAACAGGCAUGAGCGAAUCAGAUCUGCCCCUGGUCGAAUUGUCAGGUUCAAAUCUAAGAAAUGUCACACAUACAACCUUCAAUUGUUAGAGGACAAUGACUACACUGAUGUUACUGAAGCAGCUAGACAAUCUUCAGCCGAGAAUUUGGUAACUACCGAGUUUAAGUUUGAGUCAGCAAAAGCAGAAAUAAUUCCUGAUGCUACACAAGAUGACGACAAUUAUAUGAAAGUGGAGAUAACGAAUGUCAGUGAUUUUUGAACAGUAAAUAGUUUUCUAUUACUCGAGUAUAUCAGGUUGUUACGCACGUUCCAUGACACUACACACGCUCAUUAUGCAGAAUACUUGCCUUGCUCAAUCAUCAGUAGCAAUAAUUAUUGAACUCUUAGUGUACAGUAGCCAUACUGUAAUACUGCAAUGUCAGUCUUUUCAUGUUUUGUAUCAGAUGCAUUACAUUUCUCUGAAAAUCUAAUUGUAGGAACUCCAGAAUGAGUGUAAUUUGUGAUAAGAUCAACUU